ACUUCCGGGUUCGGCAAUAACCUGGAGCCGGCGGCCGUAGCUCGGCCCUGUUGGGCCUUGUUCCGAAGCUCCGCCUUCGCUCCGCUCUUUCUAGAAACCCAGCUUCGCCCUUGGCGGUGCCGGACAGCGUCCCAGACGCGUGUGUGACAUCCCCAUGGCGGAUACGACCCCGAACGGCCCCCAAGGGGCGGGCGCAGUGCAAUUCUUGAUGGCCAAUAAACUGGACACGGCAAUGUGGCUUUCUCGCUUGUUCACAGUUUACUGCUCUGCUUUGUUUGUUCUGCCUCUUCUUGGGUUGCAUGAAGCAGCAAGCUUUUACCAACGUGCUUUGCUGGCAAAUGCUCUGACUAGUGCUCUGAGGCUGCACCAAAGAUUACCACACUUCCAGUUAAGCAGAGCAUUCCUGGCCCAGGCUUUGUUAGAGGACAGCUGCCACUACCUGUUGUAUUCACUCAUCUUUGUCAAUUCCUACCCUGUUACAAUGAGUAUUUUCCCAGUCUUAUUAUUUUCUUUACUUCAUGCUGCCACAUACACGAAAAAGGUCCUUGAUGCAAAGGGUUCAAAUAGUUUACCUCUGCUGAGAUCUCUCUUGGAUAAAUUAAGCGCUAAUCAACAGAAUAUUCUGAAAUUCAUUGCUUGUAAUGAAAUAUUCUUGAUGCCUGCUACAGUUUUUAUGCUUUUUAGUGGUCAAGGAAGUUUGCUCCAGCCUUUUAUAUACUAUAGAUUCCUUACUCUUCGAUACUCCUCUCGAAGAAAUCCAUAUUGUCGGACCUUGUUUAAUGAACUGAGGAUUGUUGUUGAACAUCUAAUAAUGAAACCUGCUUGCCCACUGUUUGUGAGAAGACUUUGUCUCCAGAGCAUUGCCUUUAUAAGCAGACUGGCACCAACAGUUGCAUAGUUUAACAUCCAGCUAAGUUAUAUAUAAUAUAAAUAAGCAUUGUUAGCUGCUCGUACUUCUGCUAUGGAUGGUUAAUUCCAGGUGUAAAACUGACCUCAAUGCAAUUUACAUAAAUGCAUCUCGAAAGAAAAAUGAUCAUUUUCCUGGCAUGUUAAAUCAAGCCUUUUAAACACUUUCUGAGAAACUUUAUUGUAAUGUAUUGUUAAUAGUUAGGGAAGUUUGAAUCUUGUGAUAAAUGUAUCAAAAAUUCUUUAGAUGCUGCUGUGCCUUUAUCAUGAAGUACAUUUAUUUCUCUGGUAAAAAAUAGCUCUAAAAUUUCUUUUCAUCUAAUUGGUAACCUGAAUUUAUAUCUGGCAUGAGUUCAUUAUAGUAACAUUAACAUGUAAAUUCAAUAUAUUUUGAGACAGUAUUCUUUUGCCAUUCAGUAAUUUUGGUUGAUGAUUUUAACAAAAACACUUCCCACUGUAUUUAAUUUCAAAUUGCUUUUAAAUUGAUUUUGUGCUGCUUUGUUAGGACAGAUUUAUUUUGGAUGUUCCAUUAUAAUAGGAAUUCUAUAUGUAUCUUAUACUAUGACCUUCCAAAAUUUUAUUUUCGUAAUUACUUCUGUGGCUUUGAAUAUUUUUUUAAAAAAGGGCCGAACUGAAAGCUUGUUGACCAGUUGGGUAAAUAUCUGUGGUCACCUAGGCGUUUUACAUCAGAGAGCAAUACAGUAGUCAGACAGUUUUCCUUUCACAGACCCAUUGAGUAACAUUUCUCAAAUAGGAAAUCCUUCUUUUAGAAAUGUGGACACAUAGGUUUUAGUAUUACUGUAGUCUAUACAAUUACUUAGAUCAGAUUCUUGACUGCGAGUUUUCUCGGUUUCUUAGGCUUGAUUUUCAUAGACAGUUGCAGCAAUUCAGAUGCCUUUUGAAAGGAAUGUAACUGAAGGUUGAGCACAUGACUAAACUUUGUAUCUGUUCUGAAAUAAUAACGAGGAUUAUACAUACUUACCCAUCAAAUCUGACUUAAAAGGUUAAAUAGAAAGGUUUAUAGGAAAGGUUAUUGCCUGGGAAUGGAGCCAGGGGAGGAGUUGUGGGGGAAAUAGUGCACGUUUCGGUGGUGUAACGCACAGCUGCAUUUGGGGGAUUGGAUGUAUUAUGCAACUGUGAUUUGAGUUGUAUAAUAUGUUAAAUGUGUUCAUUGAGCUUCCAUUAACUCCUUUUAAAAAUUCAUUCUGAUCUUUUUUGCAUGAUUGGAAAUGUUAAAAACCUUGCAAAAUGUAAAUACAGAGUAAUGUAACAGUUUUCUGUGACCAGUUUUCUUCUAUGUGCAUGUAACUUGGAUUUCUCCAGUAUACUCAGUGACUUAUCAGUAACAUCAGUUUUCUUUUUCAACUUUUUGACCUAUAGAAAUGUGAUACCUACUUGAUAGCUCAACUGUCACCAGCUAUUUUUGUAAUUUUGUAAUAUUUAUCUACUAAGUUAGAGAAGCCUCGUAAUAUACAGUUGAUUGUAGGGGUGGGGCAGUCUCACUAUCACUAUGUAUCACUAUCUGAUGGUUUUAAAAACUAAAUUUUCUAGAGCAAUAAAGUAAUUAAAAGGUUAAGUAAACAAUAUAUUAUUGAUUUCUAAUGACGUUUUUAAAAAUUUGAAUUGUAUCAAGAAAUUUUGGCAGCUGAAGGCAUAAUUUUAAGUUACUAGGUGUUUUUGUUUGCUUUUACAAUUUUUUUUAAUCUUGAGAUAAUUUUAGGUUUGUAGAAGAGUUGUAAAAAAUAGUAAAGAGAGUUCCUAUAUACCCUUUACUCAGCUUCUCCUUGUGUUAACAGCUUCCAUAACUAUACAACAUUUAUCAAAACUUAAGAAAUUAACCCUGGAGCAAUGCUAUUAACUAUUAAGGUACAGAACUUAUUCACAUUUCACCAGUUUUUCCAUUUAUUAAUUUUCUUUUUGUGUGCUCUGUUUCUACCAUGAUGUUUCUUUGAAUGAUCUGUAAGUAUGCCUCUGUUUUUAGUUUUUCCUCUUUAUGUUGAAAUUACUAUUGGUCAAAAGGAUUUUCCUAAAGGAAAUAAUUCAUGUUUAACAAAAAUAAUUUAACAUUAAUACUAUUACAAUUUAAAACCCUUUGUGCUUCAAAAGUCAAUGCUUUUAUCACACAAUGGAGUUAUAUUUCUGAUAUGCUCAUGUUCUUUAAAGGAAGGUUUGAUUCAUAAACAAAACACUCCGAAACUCAUGAAAAAAUAAAUCUUACAGUUUGAGCAUUACUAGAUGUUUAGUUAGCAUGAACAUGUAGUUAGGAAUUUUGCAGUAUGAAUACAUACAACUAGCUAAUUUGACAUCUGAAAUUAUAGGGUAACUUGCAUAUCUAUCAAAUUAAAAUUAAGGAAAUAGAGUGUUUAGAAUGAAUGUACUAGGAGAAAUUAUAGCUGCAUAGCUGAAUUUAUUUUUACUUACAGGUUUAAAAAAAAGUUGAUUUAACAUCCAGAAUAUCUAAUUCUUUAGGAAGUGGUAUAGUGCUGCUGUUCUUCUAGUACUUUUAGAUAUUAAACCUUCUUGGACAGGUGGAACAAAAUCUACUUUAUUUCUAACAAAGAUUCUGUAUUCCAUUUGUAUACUUGAUUCCUCAUGAAUUUUAACUAUUUAACAUCAGUCUAAAGAGAAAUUUCAUAAAUAACAAUUUGUAUUUAAAUUUUCUUGGCAUAAAAUUCACGAAGGUAGAUGCUCCUAGAAGAAGUAAGCAAGAAAGAAAGCUAACCUUUUUUUAAAAAAAAAAAUUGAAUUUAGUUAUUUAGGAACCUCCCUUACGGGGAAAAUCAAGGCAUGCUUAACAUUAAACCAGAAGUUGUGAAGGAUUUAUGGUCUGUUGCAUAACUAAGAAUUGUAAAGCUAUCAGAAUACUUCUUUUCCUCCUAAAAAUCAGGAUCAAAAAUCAGUUUAGGUUUGUGAGUUUAGGACAUGAAUAUUAUUCAUCUGAAAAAGGAAAAUAAGUGUGUAUAUAAUGCUACGAGCAGAACUGAGAGUUUUUGUUUUUUUUAAGUUUGAGAUAAGAAUGAAAUUAAUUUUGAGGGAUUGUGGUAAAGAUCCUUAUCUAAUGCUAAGGAAUCUGUUUUAAUUAAUAUAGUUCUGGGGCUUCCCUGGUGGUGCAGUGGUUGAGAGUCCGCCUGCCGAUGCAGGGGACCCGGGUUCGUGCCCCGGUCCAGGAGGAUCCCACGUGCUGCGGAGCAGCUGGGCCCAUGAGCCAUGGCCGCUGAGCCUGCACGUCCGGAGCCUGUGCUCCGCAACGGGAGAGGCCACAACAGUGAGAGGCCCGCGUACCGCAAAAAAAACCCAAAAAACAAAUAUAGUUCUGAAGCUCCCAUCCACCCAUCUACCCAAAUCCCCUUUUGAUCUGCUACCCUCAAUGCUGUCACCCAAAUUGAGACUGAUUUUUAUUCUGUAAUGAAAACCUCAAGGGAGAAAGUAACCACAGUUAUGUUUAUGAGCAGUAGGUGGCACUCUUUCCUCAAGUAGUCCUCAGCUGUUUUACGGGCUAUGUUGGAAGGUUAAAUGCCACUAAAUCCUAAGUCAGCAUAAAACUAAGGACCUGAAUUCCAUGACUCUUUAAUAUGUAAUUAUUCAAUAUUCAGUAAAUAUUUAGUAAGCAUUUACUAUGAGUACAUUUUUAAAAUAUUGAAAUGUUCAAAAGCUGGAAGAAGUACCCUGUUAAUAUCUGCUUUCUAGGUAAACAGUAGAAUAGGCCACAAUUAUUGGUGUUAUUCAGAUCAUGGUCUCUCUGCGUUUUUGUUUUUGUUUUCAUAAGUGCCUAAAUUACCUAAACACAUCAAUUAUAAAAUUGCUCUUUCUCCUUCAUUUCAGGUAUGUAGAAAAAUGGUACUUAAAAUUUGUUCAUGGUCAUUUUGUAGGUGUACAAGGUGUAACUCGUUCCAUCUCUUAAAAUUUAGACUUUUCACAAUAAUACAAAAGCAUAUUGAAAUUAUUGGAUAUUAGGAAUGGUACCUAGAUUUGUAAAUUCAGUUUGAGUUGCAGAGACAACUAUUGAUAGUUUCACUUAUCAUCUCGUUGGAAUUUCUCUAGAGUUAAGAGAAUUCUACAUAGGAUAUAUGAUAGUGUAGCUCAACAGAUAAUAUACCAAAGGCAUAUAUAUUUUAUAAAUCCAGGAGUUAUUUCCAGAGAUUGUUGUAAUGAGCAGGCCUGUUAUAAUAUUCUGGGUUGAAAGUUGUGACUGGAUCUGAUAUUAAGGAUAAGAAAGGAGCUGCUAAAAGUUUGGGAGGUUUCCUGGUAGUAAUUACUCUAUGACAUGUUUAUCUUCAGAGGUGGUAUUUGGGAGGGUUCUUAGAAAGGAACACAUCCCUGUGUGAGGGAUUAACUGUAGAGUAGUCUCUCUCCUGUUGUGCAGUGCAAAUAGGAAAACUGACUUGCACUGAAUUUGAGUUAUGUGACAAGAGAUAAAGUACAGUAUUUUUUUAGUCUAAAACAGAUUCUUUUUCUUAGAAAAUGGUAGAGAAAAAUUAUUAUUGGGUAUCUUUGCUGGAAUCUAAAAAUUAGCUCACAUUCCAGAAGAAGGAAAGGCCCAAGAAUCAUUUCACUUUUUCCAUCAUAGUUUUCCAGAGCUACUUUUUUGAUUUGCUCAGUACUUUUAAACUAACCUGUUUUUUUUUCUUGGUUCAUGACAGUUUAGUUCCAACCUAGACUAUUUUCUUUUGUAACUUUAAAAUAAGACAAAUGCUUUUGAUAUGAAUUUUUGUUUGCGUAUGUAUCUGUAAGUUGAGACCAAAUGGGCAAAGUCUUGGGCAGGUAACAUUUGUGAUGUGUAUAUAUUGGAACAGAUGUAAAAGGGUCACAAGGAUUAGAAAGAGAGUCAUAAAAAACUGCUUGAUAUAUAAAUGCAUUACUUCUGGUGCUCUACAUAAUGGGAUAUAUUGAACUAAAAAAUUUGUAUACACAGUAUGUCAGCAUUUCUUAGUAACUUCUUUUGAAUCCAUUUUUAAUAUCUAAUAUUAUACAGGUUGGGGAGUUACAUACUCUUCAGGCCAAUACUACCCAGACUGUAUAAAUUUAUAAAAUAAAUUGAAAAAUUCAUCAUUCCCCUGCAUUCAAGAUCAAAGCACAUAGAUGCUAAUGUAGGGCUCAGAGGGGACAUAAUAUUGCUCCUGAAUAUUUGAGAAAAUGUGAACUCCUUUCAAGAAAAUCUAAUAAACAUAAUAAUCCUAGCCUGCUGACACUAAGGAAAAAGGACCUCAUUCACUCUUUCUUUUAUGCAGUGAUUUACUGGUCCCUACUGAUUCUCAAAUUGAAUCACCGUACUAAAUUAUCUGUGCUGGUACCUGUGAAAGUAAGGCCUGGGAUCCAUAUUUGUUUUGUGUUCUGCUUAAAUCAGCAAGAAUGAUAAAUUUGAUGGUGUGAAAUUGGAAGUGUCAAGGGCUUUCUUUGGUGAUUGAGCAAAAUGAUGUCUCCACUUGUAAUUUAUUGUGACCCUUUUUCACUAUAUGUGCUUUGUACAUCUAAUAUAUUUAUUUCAAUACAAAUUAAAUUGUUGUUCCCUCAUCUGUAUUGUUAUAUCUAAGAUUUUAUUGAUGUAAAAAUCAAAUUGCAUAAUAAUAAAAUUUUCUCUGGAUUUAA